CAAUGCUUUGCGGCAGGGACGGUGCUGAAGCUGCGCGCCCCUCAGACGACGCAGCCUCACAAGCCAGAUAGCUUUUUUCCCCCGGUAGUAAAACUAUCAAACGUCCAAGAGGCGCAUCCUUUAUGCACAGCACGCCGCUCACAGAGCACCAUGGCCGGCUCCAGUCACUACUAGUCAGCAUGGACGCCAAGCAGCACCACAUAAAGAGCCUCAAAAGCUACCCGGAGACCAGCGGCAGGAGUCUGGCAGCGGCGGCGGCGGCAGGGAGCGGAGGCGGUGGCGGAGACGCCGGGGGUCGAGUCGGCGAGAUGGACAUGGAGACGAAGAUCCAGAAAGCCGUCGACUUCAAGGCCGAGGGGCACCGCUGUUACAAGGAGAAGAAAUUCCGCGAGGCGAUAGGUAAAUAUCACCGGGCUCUGCUCCAGCUGAAGGGGACGCACGUCGUCGACGGAACCACCGGCUCUGAGGUCAACCUGCUCAGCCAAGCGGCCGCCAAGCUGACCGAGGACCAGCGGAGAGCCGUGGAGAGCACCGAGAUUGAGUGUUAUGACAGCCUGACAGCUUGUCUGUUGCAGUCCGAGCUGGUCAACUAUGAGCGGGUGAAGGAGUACUGUCUGAAGGUGUUGAGUCAUCAGAGGGAUCACUUCAAGGCCAUGUACCGCGCCGGCAUUGCCUUCUACCACUUGGGGGACUAUGAGUGUGCCCUACGCUACCUGAAAGACGCCAAGAGCCGCGAGCCUACAGACACCAACGUGCUGCGCUACAUCCAGCUGACAGAGAUGAAGAUGAGCAAGAGUGGACUGCGAGAACGGGAGAUGGGCAAAGAGACGCAGGGCUGACCUUUGGCCUUUCCCGCCCGCCUGACGCCCUUAAUCCUAUUUUGACCUUUUCCCGUGGAAUCCUGCCUCAGCCCUUCUGACGAUGACAGCACAUGGGCACAGACCAGGUGACGGACAUCUUCCUCCUCUCCUCCUCUUUGUCCCUCAGGUGCUGUGGCUCUUCUUCUCCCUCCAUCUGUGUUAUACUCCACUCCAACAUGGACGUUACAAAAGUUCUCCUUCUCCUUCUCUGUCGGAGGAGAAGAUGAGAAAGAGGUGUGUCCAUGAAGGCAUCAUCAGGAGGGCUCACUCAGGCCCUUUAAGCAGACUUUUCCUCUUCUCCAUAUUUGGAAGUCAUGGAUAACACUUAUGGACCUUUCUUUUCCAAUUAAGGGCUAAUUUGAUGUGUUUCUAAUUUCUCGCUUUUUUUCCCAAGUCUCCAACUGUGCGGCGCUGCAGUUUCUUGAGUUUGUUGUCAAAAAGCCCCCAGAGAUUUUCUGACAAAACUGACUUAAAAAAAACUAAACACAGUAACCACAAAUACAACAAAACAUUCAAUUUCACAAAUCUAAAAUCUUAAAAAGUUAUAUUCAAUAAGAAAACAUGAUAAAUCUAUUUAUUCAUAUAUUUUGGAAUAUUUGAUACUGAUCACAACAUGUAAAUACAUUAUUAUUAUUAAUAAUAGUAUAUAUACGAUCAGAAACACUGAUCUAAAAUGUAGCCACAAAUAUAACAAGAGGCACUUAUUGGCCACAACAUUAUUUAUUUUGAUGACCCA